CGCGUUGGCUCCCGAGAGCGAAUACUCCAGGGUCGAGUACUUCGGGCGCAUGCGGCAACCUUCCCUUUGCUGUCGCGAGGUUUCGUCUUCCCGGAAGCACUGGAGGACCGUCCUCGUGAACGGCGUCGGGAUGUGUGGGGGAUGUGUGGAGAAGGAGUAUCCCAACCGGGGUAACAUCUGCCUGGAGAAUGGAUCUUUCUUGCUGAACUUUACAGGCUGUGCAGUGUGCAGUAAGCGGGAUUUUAUGCUGAUCACAAACAAAUCUUUGAAAGAGGAAGAUGGAGAAGAAAUAGUUACCUAUGAUCAUCUGUGUAAGAAUUGUCAUCACGUAAUAGCCAGGCAUGAGUACACAUUCAGUAUCAUGGAUGAAUUUCAGGCAAAAGUAGAAGAAAAGAUCCAAGACGUCUUCAGUUCUUACAAGUUCAACCACCUUGUACCAAGGCUGAUUUUGCAGAGGGAGAAGCACUUCCAUUAUCUGAAAAGAGGGCUUCGACAGCUGACAGACGCCUAUGAGUGUCUGGAUGCCAGCCGCCCGUGGCUCUGCUACUGGAUCCUCCACAGCUUGGAACUGCUAGAUGAACCCGUCCCCCAGAUGGUGGCCACAGACGUGUGUCAGUUCCUGGAGCUGUGUCAAAGUCCAGAAGGUGGCUUUGGAGGGGGUCCUGGCCAGUACCCGCAUCUUGCACCCACGUAUGCAGCAGUCAAUGCGCUCUGCAUCAUUGGUACUGAGGAGGCCUAUGACGUCAUUAACAGAGAGAAGCUUCUUCAGUAUUUGUACUCACUGAAGCAACCCGAUGGCUCUUUUCUCAUGCAUGUUGGAGGUGAGGUGGAUGUGAGAAGUGCAUACUGUGCCGCCUCCGUAGCUUCUCUGACCAACAUCAUCACUCCAGACCUCUUUGAGGGCACUGCCGAAUGGAUAGCAAGGUGUCAGAAUUGGGAAGGUGGAAUUGGUGGGGUGCCGGGGAUGGAAGCCCACGGCGGCUAUACUUUCUGUGGCCUGGCUGCACUGGUCAUCCUCAAGAAGGAACGUUCCUUGAACUUGAAGAGCUUAUUGCAAUGGGUGACCAGCCGGCAGAUGCGCUUCGAAGGUGGCUUUCAGGGCCGCUGCAACAAGCUGGUGGAUGGCUGCUACUCCUUCUGGCAGGCGGGGCUCCUGCCCUUGCUGCACCGCGCACUGCAUGCUCAAGGCGACCCUGCUCUCAGCAUGAGCCACUGGAUGUUUCAUCAGCAGGCCCUACAGGAGUACAUCCUUAUGUGCUGCCAGUGCCCCGCUGGGGGGCUUCUGGAUAAACCUGGCAAGUCUCGGGACUUCUACCACACCUGCUACUGCCUGAGUGGCCUGUCCAUAGCCCAGCACUUCGGCAGUGGGGCCAUGGUGCACGAUGUGGUCCUGGGUGUGCCGGAAAAUGCUCUGCACCCCACUCACCCUGUGUACAAUAUUGGACCAGAUAAGGUGAUCCAGGCCACCAUGCACUUUCUGCAGAAGCCAGUCCCAGGCUUUGAAGAGCACGAGGCUGAGGCACCAGCAGAGACCGCCAGCACCUAGAAGACAAGGGUCCGUGGCUCUGUGCUCACCCACCUCCCCGGUCAGACCAAGGUGUAUACAUUUCGAUACCUACUGCACUCUGUGCUGCACAAGCCUUGGCCACUAUGGAGCUGUGGUCCUUUGUCCUUUCUUGUCAAACAAAACAAAACUGAUGUCUCUGGGUUUGGAGAACAUAGUGGCGUGGUUUUUUAAAAAUUCUUUCCACUUCUGUCAAACCAAAAAUCUGUCAGCCCGCGCGG